AUGAAUGCACCUGGAAAUGGUUCUGGCUUACUUCGAUUACCACUAUUCAAGCUCAAUUUCCUCGUGGCAUACGCCUCAGCCACUAUGCGCAAGCAGUGGAGAAAUAUGAGUGGCACGCGUUCUGAACUCAUGGUGCGAGAAUCCGGCUUUACGACUGACAGCCUGGGGUGCUCUUCUUCCCAGCUAAGUCUGGCUCCCAUGAAUGAGCCUUUCGACUCUUCCACCUCGGAUGUCGGCGACGCUAGCUCAAAGUCGCAUUCAGAUUUGCCGCCCGUUGCCGUCCGUUAUAUCGGUGAUUUACCCACCCGAACGGAUUGCAAGAGUAAUACGGAACCCUAUCCUCCCACCAUCUUCGUUAUCGACGCGGAUGGUAGAAUGUUUGAGAGGUAUCGAUGGGAGGUGGAAGCAGGGGCUGGAAUGCCCUUUUUCGCAGGUCAGGAGAUGCAAAAUAGGCGGUACCGACGAAUCAUUGCGCGUUGCGAUGCGUGGCUUGCCAAGUCAACUCAA